AUGGCCCCCCUCAGCCUUGACUUUGUCACUGUCGAUGUCUUCACAACAAAUCGCUAUGAGGGAAACCCCCUGGCGGUUGUCUUCGUCCCACCUUCUCAACGCUCGUUGGUGACUCAAGAGAUCAAGCAGCGCAUAGCCCGCGAGUUCAACCUGUCCGAAACAGUCUUUCUACAUGCCGAAUACAAUGUCAAACCGGAAGCCACCACACUCGAGGUCAACAUCUUCACGAUCGAAGAGGAGCUCCCUUUUGCGGGGCACCCAACCAUUGGCACUGCUUACCUAGUCCUUCACCACCUGGGCUGGGGACACGUCAACACCUUGUUGACAAAUGCCGGACCUAUUCCCAUCAACGUCGAAGGAAGCCAAAACGUUAAGGCUGAGAUUCCCCACGCGGUGCAUGUCCACUCGUCCACUCUCUCCAGCCUCCUCGAAAAGUCCGAGUCAUCAGACAUCAUCACAGCUGGCUUAUCUCCUCACGAUCAGAUCCGGCAAGCUGAGCUCUUGGGAACAGUGGUGAGCAUUGUCAGAGGAAUGACCUUCAUUCUCGUCAACCUCCCUUCCUUAGAGCUUCUGGCCAAAGUGACAGACUCGCCUCGCCUUCAAUUUGACAAGAUCCCCAACUUUCUGGACAAGGGAGAGUGGGAAAAGAGCUUUGUCGGUAGGUACUAUUAUGUCUAUACCGACGAGGGGUCGAAGACAAAGGUUCAAACCAGAAUGGUGGAGCUGGGCUUUGAGGACCCGGCCACGGGAAGCGCAGGGUGUACAUUGGGCGCGUAUCUGACCUUGACGGAAAAGAAGGGGGCAAGAUAUGAGAUUACGCAGGGUGUUGAAAUGGGCAGAAGCAGUGAGAUUGUGGUUGAAACGAGUGUCACUGAGGAGGGGAAGGUCAAGGAAAUCCACUUGGGAGGGACAGCGGUGUUGGUGAUGAGGGGCAGUGUUGCUGUAUGA